GAUGACCCCAUGGAGCGGCUGAAGCCGGGUGUACGGCAGAUGCUGGCGGCCAGCCAUGCGCCCCGGAGGCCCGGCCUGGAGGACGCCGCAGCUCAGGGAGGCGGCGUGGCCACCAUGAUGGCUGAGGUGAGGGAGCGGGACCCGGCGGCGGCGGCAGCGGAGGCAGUGGCGGGCGGCAGGGCGCUGGAUAAGCUGACGGCAGCUGGCGGCGGCGGCGGGACGGCAGCGGCGGCGGCAACGGCGGUUGAGGGAUACGUGCCGGGAUCAGGGAAGCGGGGAACCCAGCAGGCGGUGGCUGUGGAGGCGGCGGUGAAGCCGGUUAACGGCAGCAGCAACAGCAGCGCCUCGGCGGUCCCAGUGGUGGCGGAGGCGGGGCCUAGUGGCUCGGAAGCAGCGACGGGAAGGCCAGCCACGACAGCGGCGACAGGUACGGCAGCGGGUACGGCGGGCACGGCGACGUCAUCGGGAUCCGUGGCGGGGGUGGCAGCAGGUCCGCAACCCGUGUUGAAGUCUAGCCUGAAGAAGAAGGCAGCUGGUGCGCCCUUGGGCGCCAAAGCUGUAGCAGGCAGGGCUGUGCCUGAGGCGGCUGCAGCAAAGCCGGCGCCGGCGGUGGAAUCGGUAGCGGCAGCACCAGCAGCGGCGGAGGCACCGGCAAGGGCUGCAGCAGCAGCGGCCUCAGCUGUGGAUGGGACCAAGGUUGGUGGGCCCAGUGAGGCUGAAGACGAGGAGGCGGGCAGGAUCAAGGAGAAGGAGAAGCGACGCGUUACUUUCGGUACCAAGGUG